AUGGUGCCCGGCACACCAACCCUCGCCAGCUGCGCCGCUUCCCACUCACCGCUGCGCUGCUAUAGGGUUCCAGCCAGCCAGUGCCGCCAUGCGCCGGCUGCCGUCAACUGGGGCUAUGGCCCAUGUAUAUUUGGAACCAGCACCGGCCCGCAAAGCACGCGUGCCAGGAAGGGGGCCCGGGUGGCAGCUGCUGCGGCCGGACCAUUGGCGACCCCACGGGUCGUUGCUCCCGAAGACUUCACG